AUGAGCCCUCCCUCCACAAAGGUCUCCUGGGUCGCCGUGACGCUGCUGCUGCUGCUGCUGUUACCGCCCGCGCUGCUGUCGCCCGGGGCAGCGGCGCAGCCCCUGCCCGACUGCUGCCGCCAAAAGACAUGCUCCUGCCGCCUCUAUGAGCUACUGCACGGCGCGGGCAAUCACGCGGCCGGCAUCCUCACUCUGGGCAAGCGGCGGCCCGGCGCCCCAGGCCUACAGGGCCGGCUGCAGCGCCUCCUGCAGGCCAAUGGCAACCACGCAGCCGGCAUCCUCACCAUGGGCCGCCGCGCCGGCCUAGAGCCAGCGCCGCGCCCCUGCCCCGGGCGCCGUUGUCCCGCGGCGGCCGUCUCUUCUGUUGCUCCUGGGGGACAAUCUGGGGUCUGA